AUGCUGGAGGAGCUUCCAAAGGAGCCACCGGCAGAAGUGGAGGAGCAGGAACCGCCCAGCGAGCCUGCACCCAGCCUUCCGGCGCAUGAACGGGCCAAGCAAGUUUCAAAGGCUUCCACAGGCAGUGCACGCACUGCAGAUGGGGAAGCUUGCAAAGAAUCGACCCAGAGCUUAAACCGAAGCUCUCGAGGCCGGCGACCGUCCUCCCUGUCCUUACCCGCGGAG